GUUGCGCGCGCAGAAUCCAGCAAUUACAGAAGCAGAGCGAACGACUUUCCACUGACCAAAGCUAUUAUUUACUAAUAUUUACCGUUAUUGAGCAAUUUUCUUAGGGAUUUUCUUAUUGAUAUUUGCGACACAAUAGAUCUUCAAUCAGAAUCAUGCAGAUCUUUGUGAAAACCCUGACAGGUAAAACCAUUACCUUGGAGGUUGAGCCAUCAGACACAAUAGAAAAUGUGAAGGCUAAAAUACAGGACAAAGAAGGCAUCCCUCCUGACCAGCAGAGAUUAAUUUUUGCUGGCAAACAACUUGAAGAUGGACGCACACUAUCAGACUACAACAUUCAGAAAGAAUCUACUCUUCAUCUGGUUUUAAGACUUAGAGGAGGCAUGCAAAUCUUCGUGAAGACCCUCACUGGCAAAACCAUCACCCUUGAGGUUGAACCAUCAGACACCAUUGAAAAUGUCAAAGCCAAAAUCCAAGACAAAGAAGGCAUUCCCCCAGAUCAACAGCGUCUGAUCUUUGCUGGCAAACAGCUUGAAGAUGGUCGCACUCUGUCAGAUUACAACAUUCAGAAAGAGUCAACCCUUCAUCUGGUGCUUCGUCUGAGAGGUGGUAUGCAAAUCUUCGUGAAGACCCUCACUGGCAAAACCAUCACCCUUGAGGUUGAACCAUCAGACACCAUUGAAAAUGUCAAAGCCAAAAUCCAAGACAAAGAAGGCAUUCCCCCAGAUCAACAGCGUCUGAUCUUUGCUGGCAAACAGCUGGAGGAUGGUCGCACACUGUCAGAUUACAACAUUCAGAAAGAGUCAACCCUUCAUCUGGUGCUUCGUCUGAGAGGUGGUAUGCAAAUCUUCGUGAAGACCCUCACUGGCAAAACCAUCACCCUUGAGGUUGAACCAUCAGACACCAUUGAAAAUGUCAAGGCCAAAAUCCAAGACAAAGAAGGCAUUCCCCCAGAUCAACAGCGUCUGAUCUUUGCUGGCAAACAGCUAGAGGAUGGUCGCACACUGUCAGAUUACAACAUUCAGAAAGAGUCAACCCUUCAUCUGGUGCUUCGUCUGAGAGGUGGUAUGCAAAUCUUCGUGAAGACCCUCACUGGCAAAACCAUCACCCUUGAGGUUGAACCAUCAGACACCAUUGAAAAUGUCAAGGCCAAAAUCCAAGACAAAGAAGGCAUUCCCCCAGAUCAACAGCGUCUGAUCUUUGCUGGCAAACAGCUGGAGGAUGGUCGCACACUGUCAGAUUACAACAUUCAGAAAGAGUCAACCCUUCAUCUGGUGCUUCGUCUGAGAGGUGGUAUGCAAAUCUUCGUGAAGACCCUCACUGGCAAAACCAUCACCCUUGAGGUUGAACCAUCAGACACCAUUGAAAAUGUCAAAGCCAAAAUCCAAGACAAAGAAGGCAUUCCCCCAGAUCAACAGCGUCUGAUCUUUGCUGGCAAACAGCUUGAAGAUGGUCGCACACUGUCAGAUUACAACAUUCAGAAAGAGUCAACCCUUCAUCUGGUGCUUCGUCUGAGAGGUGGUAUGCAAAUCUUCGUGAAGACCCUCACUGGCAAAACCAUCACCCUUGAGGUUGAACCAUCAGACACCAUUGAAAAUGUCAAAGCCAAAAUCCAAGACAAAGAAGGCAUUCCCCCAGAUCAACAGCGUCUGAUCUUUGCUGGCAAACAGCUUGAAGAUGGUCGCACUCUGUCAGAUUACAACAUUCAGAAAGAGUCAACCCUUCAUCUGGUGCUUCGUCUGAGAGGUGGUAUGCAAAUAUUCGUGAAGACCCUCACUGGCAAAACCAUCACCCUUGAGGUUGAACCAUCAGACACCAUUGAAAAUGUCAAGGCCAAAAUCCAAGACAAAGAAGGCAUUCCCCCAGAUCAACAGCGUCUGAUCUUUGCUGGCAAACAGCUUGAAGAUGGUCGCACUCUGUCAGAUUACAACAUUCAGAAAGAAUCAACCCUUCAUCUGGUGCUUCGUCUGAGAGGUGGUAUGCAAAUCUUCGUGAAGACCCUCACUGGCAAAACCAUCACCCUUGAGGUUGAACCAUCAGACACCAUUGAAAAUGUCAAGGCCAAAAUCCAAGACAAAGAAGGCAUUCCCCCAGAUCAACAGCGUCUGAUCUUUGCUGGCAAACAGCUUGAAGAUGGUCGCACUCUGUCAGAUUACAACAUUCAGAAAGAAUCAACCCUUCAUCUGGUGCUUCGUCUGAGAGGUGGUAUGCAAAUCUUCGUGAAGACCCUCACUGGCAAAACCAUCACCCUUGAGGUUGAACCAUCAGACACCAUUGAAAAUGUCAAGGCCAAAAUCCAAGACAAAGAAGGCAUUCCCCCAGAUCAACAGCGUCUGAUCUUUGCUGGCAAACAGCUGGAGGAUGGUCGCACACUGUCAGAUUACAACAUUCAGAAAGAGUCAACCCUUCAUCUGGUGCUUCGUCUGAGAGGUGGUAUGCAAAUCUUCGUGAAGACCCUCACUGGCAAAACCAUCACCCUUGAGGUUGAACCAUCAGACACCAUUGAAAAUGUCAAGGCCAAAAUCCAAGACAAAGAAGGCAUUCCCCCAGAUCAACAGCGUCUGAUCUUUGCUGGCAAACAGCUAGAGGAUGGUCGCACACUGUCAGAUUACAACAUUCAGAAAGAGUCAACCCUUCAUCUGGUGCUUCGUCUGAGAGGUGGUAUGCAAAUCUUCGUGAAGACCCUCACUGGCAAAACCAUCACCCUUGAGGUUGAACCAUCAGACACCAUUGAAAAUGUCAAGGCCAAAAUCCAAGACAAAGAAGGCAUUCCCCCAGAUCAACAGCGUCUGAUCUUUGCUGGCAAACAGCUGGAGGAUGGUCGCACACUGUCAGAUUACAACAUUCAGAAAGAGUCAACCCUUCAUCUGGUGCUUCGUCUGAGAGGUGGUAUGCAAAUCUUCGUGAAGACCCUCACUGGCAAAACCAUCACCCUUGAGGUUGAACCAUCAGACACCAUUGAAAAUGUCAAAGCCAAAAUCCAAGACAAAGAAGGCAUUCCCCCAGAUCAACAGCGUCUGAUCUUUGCUGGCAAACAGCUUGAAGAUGGUCGCACACUGUCAGAUUACAACAUUCAGAAAGAGUCAACCCUUCAUCUGGUGCUUCGUCUGAGAGGUGGUAUGCAAAUCUUCGUGAAGACCCUCACUGGCAAAACCAUCACCCUUGAGGUUGAACCAUCAGACACCAUUGAAAAUGUCAAGGCCAAAAUCCAAGACAAAGAAGGCAUUCCCCCAGAUCAACAGCGUCUGAUCUUUGCUGGCAAACAGCUGGAGGAUGGUCGCACACUGUCAGAUUACAACAUUCAGAAAGAGUCAACCCUUCAUCUGGUGCUUCGUCUGAGAGGUGGUAUGCAAAUCUUCGUGAAGACCCUCACUGGCAAAACCAUCACCCUUGAGGUUGAACCAUCAGACACCAUUGAAAAUGUCAAGGCCAAAAUCCAAGACAAAGAAGGCAUUCCCCCAGAUCAACAGCGUCUGAUCUUUGCUGGCAAACAGCUUGAAGAUGGUCGCACUCUGUCAGAUUACAACAUCCAGAAAGAGUCAACCCUUCAUCUGGUGCUUCGUCUGAGAGGUGGUAUGCAAAUCUUCGUGAAGACCCUCACUGGCAAAACCAUCACCCUUGAGGUUGAACCAUCAGACACCAUUGAAAAUGUCAAGGCCAAAAUCCAAGACAAAGAAGGCAUUCCCCCAGAUCAACAGCGUCUGAUCUUUGCUGGCAAACAGCUGGAGGAUGGUCGCACACUGUCAGAUUACAACAUUCAGAAAGAGUCAACCCUUCAUCUGGUGCUUCGUCUGAGAGGUGGUAUGCAAAUCUUCGUGAAGACCCUCACUGGCAAAACCAUCACCCUUGAGGUUGAACCAUCAGACACCAUUGAAAAUGUCAAAGCCAAAAUCCAAGACAAAGAAGGCAUUCCCCCAGAUCAACAGCGUCUGAUCUUUGCUGGCAAACAGCUUGAAGAUGGUCGCACACUGUCAGAUUACAACUCAGAAAGAGUCAACCCUUCAUCUGGUGCUUCGUCUGAGAGGUGGUAUGCAAUCUUCGUGAAGACCCUCACUGGCAAAACCAUCACCCUUGAGGUUGAACCAUCAGACACCAUUGAAAAUGUCAAAGCCAAAAUCCAAGACAAAGAAGGCAUUCCCCCAGAUCAACAGCGUCUGAUCUUUGCUGGCAAACAGCUUGAAGAUGGUCGCACUCUGUCAGAUUACAACAUUCAGAAAGAGUCAACCCUUCAUCUGGUGCUUCGUCUGAGAGGUGGUAUGCAAAUAUUCGUGAAGACCCUCACUGGCAAAACCAUCACCCUUGAGGUUGAACCAUCAGACACCAUUGAAAAUGUCAAGGCCAAAAUCCAAGACAAAGAAGGCAUUCCCCCAGAUCAACAGCGUCUGAUCUUUGCUGGCAAACAGCUUGAAGAUGGUCGCACUCUGUCAGAUUACAACAUCCAGAAAGAGUCAACCCUUCAUCUGGUGCUUCGUCUGAGAGGUGGUAUGCAAAUCUUCGUGAAGACCCUCACUGGCAAAACCAUCACCCUUGAGGUUGAACCAUCAGACACCAUUGAAAAUGUCAAGGCCAAAAUCCAAGACAAAGAAGGCAUUCCCCCAGAUCAACAGCGUCUGAUCUUUGCUGGCAAACAGCUAGAGGAUGGUCGCACACUGUCAGAUUACAACAUUCAGAAAGAGUCAACCCUUCAUCUGGUGCUUCGUCUGAGAGGUGGUAUGCAAAUCUUCGUGAAGACCCUCACUGGCAAAACCAUCACCCUUGAGGUUGAACCAUCAGACACCAUUGAAAAUGUCAAGGCCAAAAUCCAAGACAAAGAAGGCAUUCCCCCAGAUCAACAGCGUCUGAUCUUUGCUGGCAAACAGCUGGAGGAUGGUCGCACACUGUCAGAUUACAACAUUCAGAAAGAGUCAACCCUUCAUCUGGUGCUUCGUCUGAGAGGUGGUAUGCAAAUCUUCGUGAAGACCCUCACUGGCAAAACCAUCACCCUUGAGGUUGAACCAUCAGACACCAUUGAAAAUGUCAAAGCCAAAAUCCAAGACAAAGAAGGCAUUCCCCCAGAUCAACAGCGUCUGAUCUUUGCUGGCAAACAGCUUGAAGAUGGUCGCACACUGUCAGAUUACAACAUUCAGAAAGAGUCAACCCUUCAUCUGGUGCUUCGUCUGAGAGGUGGUAUGCAAAUCUUCGUGAAGACCCUCACUGGCAAAACCAUCACCCUUGAGGUUGAACCAUCAGACACCAUUGAAAAUGUCAAGGCCAAAAUCCAAGACAAAGAAGGCAUUCCCCCAGAUCAACAGCGUCUGAUCUUUGCUGGCAAACAGCUAGAGGAUGGUCGCACACUGUCAGAUUACAACAUUCAGAAAGAGUCAACCCUUCAUCUGGUGCUUCGUCUGAGAGGUGGUAUGCAAAUCUUCGUGAAGACCCUCACUGGCAAAACCAUCACCCUUGAGGUUGAACCAUCAGACACCAUUGAAAAUGUCAAGGCCAAAAUCCAAGACAAAGAAGGCAUUCCCCCAGAUCAACAGCGUCUGAUCUUUGCUGGCAAACAGCUUGAAGAUGGUCGCACUCUGUCAGAUUACAACAUCCAGAAAGAGUCAACCCUUCAUCUGGUGCUUCGUCUGAGAGGUGGUAUGCAAAUCUUCGUGAAGACCCUCACUGGCAAAACCAUCACCCUUGAGGUUGAACCAUCAGACACCAUUGAAAAUGUCAAGGCCAAAAUCCAAGACAAAGAAGGCAUUCCCCCAGAUCAACAGCGUCUGAUCUUUGCUGGCAAACAGCUGGAGGAUGGUCGCACACUGUCAGAUUACAACAUUCAGAAAGAGUCAACCCUUCAUCUGGUGCUUCGUCUGAGAGGUGGUAUGCAAAUCUUCGUGAAGACCCUCACUGGCAAAACCAUCACCCUUGAGGUUGAACCAUCAGACACCAUUGAAAAUGUCAAAGCCAAAAUCCAAGACAAAGAAGGCAUUCCCCCAGAUCAACAGCGUCUGAUCUUUGCUGGCAAACAGCUUGAAGAUGGUCGCACACUGUCAGAUUACAACAUUCAGAAAGAGUCAACCCUUCAUCUGGUGCUUCGUCUGAGAGGUGGUAUGCAAAUCUUCGUGAAGACCCUCACUGGCAAAACCAUCACCCUUGAGGUUGAACCAUCAGACACCAUUGAAAAUGUCAAAGCCAAAAUCCAAGACAAAGAAGGCAUUCCCCCAGAUCAACAGCGUCUGAUCUUUGCUGGCAAACAGCUUGAAGAUGGUCGCACUCUGUCAGAUUACAACAUUCAGAAAGAGUCAACCCUUCAUCUGGUGCUUCGUCUGAGAGGUGGUAUGCAAAUAUUCGUGAAGACCCUCACUGGCAAAACCAUCACCCUUGAGGUUGAACCAUCAGACACCAUUGAAAAUGUCAAGGCCAAAAUCCAAGACAAAGAAGGCAUUCCCCCAGAUCAACAGCGUCUGAUCUUUGCUGGCAAACAGCUUGAAGAUGGUCGCACUCUGUCAGAUUACAACAUCCAGAAAGAGUCAACCCUUCAUCUGGUGCUUCGUCUGAGAGGUGGUAUGCAAAUCUUCGUGAAGACCCUCACUGGCAAAACCAUCACCCUUGAGGUUGAACCAUCAGACACCAUUGAAAAUGUCAAGGCCAAAAUCCAAGACAAAGAAGGCAUUCCCCCAGAUCAACAGCGUCUGAUCUUUGCUGGCAAACAGCUAGAGGAUGGUCGCACACUGUCAGAUUACAACAUUCAGAGAGUCAACUCUGCAUCUUGUAUUGCGUCUGAGAGGUGGAAACUAAAAGCCAAGUUUAUCUUUAAGCCUAGUUCCACCAAUCAACUUUAAGCCUAGUUUCACCAAUCAUUUCUUUAGCCACAUGAACUUUAAGAAAUCUGUUAGGUUAAGUUAAAAAUUCGAAUGACUAGUAGAUCUAAGUUUUUAAAUUUUUUUUAUUUAUUUAAUUUUUGUCCUAAGAAUCUUAACUGAACCUGUUUUUUAAUAAAAGCUAAUAAAUAAAAUUUAGUUUUUAAUAGCA